AUGUUUACUAGAGGUGGUGUCUCGAAGGCUCAAAAGGGAUUGCACUUGAACGAAGAUAUCUACGCUGGUAUGACUGCAAUGUUGAGAGGAGGAAGAAUCAAACACUGUGAAUAUUACCAAUGUGGUAAGGGUAGAGAUAUGGGUUUCGGUUCUAUCUGUAAUUUCACAACCAAGAUCGGUGCUGGUAUGGGUGAACAGAUGUUGUCCAGAGAAUACUACUACUUGUCGACUCAAUUGCCAUUGGACAGAUUCUUGUCCUUCUACUACGGUCACCCUGGUUUCCAUAUCAAUAACUUGUUUAUUCAGUUGUCGUUGCAGAGUUUUAUGUUGGUUUUGGCUAACUUGAACGCUUUGGCGCAUGAGUCUAUCCUUUGUGACUACAACAAGAAUGUUCCUAUCACUGAUCUUUUGAAGCCUUUCGGUUGUUACAACUUGGACCCAGCUGUGGAUUGGAUUAGACGUUACACAUUGUCUAUUUUCAUUGUUUUCUUCAUUUCCUUCAUCCCAUUGACGGUACAAGAGUUAAUUGAGAGAGGUCUUUGGAAAGCUACCCAAAGAUUCUGCAGACACUUUAUCUCUAUGUCUCCAUUCUUCGAAGUGUUCGUUGCUCAAAUUUACUCUACAUCGUUAUACAUUGAUAUGACUGUGGGUGGUGCCAGAUACAUUUCUACAGGUAGAGGAUUCGCUACAUCGCGUAUUCCCUUCUCCAUUUUGUUCUCCAGAUUUGCAGACUCAUCCAUUUACUUGGGUGCCAGAAGUAUGUUGAUCAUUUUGUUUGGUUCCGUGUCUCAUUGGCAAGCACCAUUGUUAUGGUUCUGGGCAUCUUUGUCUGCUUUGAUCAUCUCUCCAUUCUUAUUCAACCCUCAUCAAUUUGCCUGGGAAGACUUCUUCAUUGACUACCGUGAUUUCAUCAGGUGGAUGUCUCGUGGUAACACCAAGUGGCAUAGAAACUCGUGGAUUGGCUACGUUAAGCUUUCCAGAUCUAGAAUCACUGGUUUCAAGAGAAAGUUGACAGGAGACAUUUCUGAAAAGGCUGCCGGUGAUACCACAAGAGCUCACAGAUCCAAUGUCCUCUUUGCCGACUUUAUUCCAUGUGCAUUCUAUGCUGCUGCUUUGUUUGUUCCUUACACUUUUAUUAAUGCUCAAACUGGUGUUACUAAAUGGGAGGUCGACGGCAGAGACUCAACUGACCCUAUCAUUGUGAACUCUGUUGCUAGACUCGUCAUUUGUGCUUUGGCCCCAGUGGUUAUCAACAUGGGCUGUUUGGGUGUCUGCGUUGGAUUAGCUUGUUGCGCUGGUCCAAUGUUGGGAAUGUGCUGCAAGAAAACGGGUGCUGUUAUUGCUGGUGUUGCUCACGGUGUUGCAGUCGUUGUUCAUUUGGUUUUCUUCAUUGUCAUGUGGGUUUUGGAAGGUUUCAACUUCGCUAGAAUGUUGUUGGGUGUUGUUGCCCUGAUCUACAUCGAGAGAGUAUUGUUCAAGUUCAUGACAUUGCUUUUCUUGACCAGAGAAUUCAAGAACGACAAGGCCAAUACUGCAUUCUGGACUGGUAAGUGGUACGGCAGCGGUAUGGGUUACAUGGCUUUUACUCAACCAGCAAGAGAAUUCUGCGCCAAGACCAUUGAAAUGUCAGAGUUUGCCGGUGACUUCAUUUUGGCUCACAUCAUUUUGUUUGUACAAUUGCCAAUUUUGUUCAUUCCAAUGAUUGACAGAUGGCAUUCCACCAUGUUGUUCUGGUUGAAGCCAUCAAGACUUAUCAGACCACCAAUCUACUCUUUGAAGCAAGCUAAGUUGAGAAAGAGAAUGGUAAGAAAGUACUGUACUUUGUACUUCACUAUCUUGGUUCUCUUUGUGGUUGUCAUUGUUGCUCCUGCUGUGGCGUCUAAGUUCAUCAAGAAGAAUCUUGGCUCUAAAAUGACGGGUACCUUCCAGGGUAUCUUCCAACCAAGAGGUACUCACAACAAUGAUACUGGUAAGGUCUCUACCUGGUGGGAAACAAGUGGUAUUAAGCUUACCUUCUGGAGUUUCACACCAUCAUCAAGACAUCACUACACCAGUAAGGAUUUCUAA